UUCUAGCUGUUUUCUUCUUCUUCUUUUUCCAACGAGUCAGCCCAGUAGUUUACACCCUGUUUCUUAAUAUAAUAACCUAGCUGCUUAAAACCCACUUCAGUUUCUCCUUUCUCUAGCGACGGAAUCUCUCUUUCGUAUUGAAAUAUGGCUUCUUUGUUCAGAGAGCUUCCUUCCAUGUCUACCAUCCUUGCUGCCUAUGCUUCCCUCUCAGCAAUGGCAAUGUUAAUCCGUACCAUUCUGAACGAAAUGAUCCCGAAACCGAUACAAAAGUUCAUCAACUCGAAAUUCUCCGAUCUUCUAUCAAACUACUUCUCUUCUAAUUUCACCUUCAUCAUUGAAGAACGAUGGCAAGCUGUUUACAACGAAACGUUUCGAGCUGUUGAGGUCUACCUUCCGACCCGAAUCAGCCCUGUGACCGAUAAACUUCUCAUCGGAUCCAAUGACAUCAAUAACCCGACAUCCCCGCCGAAACGAAAGAUCCCUUCAGAUUGUAAAAUCAUCGAUGAGUUCGAAGGCAUGAGCUUGCAGUGGACGUUGUACGUUAAAGAAUCGGAGAAGUACUACAUCCCCGAUAAAAAGACCUAUCACUUGACGUGCAAGAAAAGAGUUAGGGAACUUGUUGAACAAAGGUAUUUCCCCCACAUAGCUAAGACGGCUCAGACAAUAUUGAGCAAGCGAGAGAAGCUCAACAUCUACACUUAUAACCAAGACCGUUCGAGGUGGGAAUCCGCUGUUUUCCGGCACCCUGCUAGGUUCGAGACUCUGGCUAUGGAGCCAGAGCUGAUGCAGUUCAUAAAGGAUGACCUCGACUCGUUUGCGGCACGUAAGGAUUUCUUUGAAAACGUUGGCAGAGCUUGGAAACGUGGGUACCUUUUGUUUGGUCCUCCAGGGACUGGUAAAUCUUCUUUGGUUGCUGCCAUUGCGAAUUACUUGAGCUACAACGUCUAUGAUCUCCAGUUCCAAAGUGUUCGAAACGAUGCCGAUCUCAGGCGUCUACUUACAUCCACCACAAACCGGUCAAUUCUUCUCAUUGAAGACAUAGAUUGCAGCACAAAGAUUGCUAAAGAUCGAGACAAGGUUAAAGAGGAAAAAGACAAGAAAGAAAAAGACGAAAGAACCGAUCGUCCUUCAUCUAUUGAUCCGGGAGUGACACUGUCGGGACUGCUGAAUUUCAUCGAUGGACUGUGGUCCAGCUGCGGGAACGAAAGGAUCAUCAUCUUCACGACGAAUCACAAAGAGAAGUUAGACCCUGCGUUGUUGCGUCCGGGGCGGAUGGAUGUGCAUAUUCAUAUGGGAUAUUGUACGCCAACGGGGUUCAGAAAACUUGCGACGACGUAUCUCGGAAUCAAAGACGAUAAACUGUUCGACGCCAUCGAUGAUUUGAUUAAGGUCGUUGAGGUUACUCCAGCCGAAGUGGCACAACAAUUGAUGGUCAAAAGUGAUGACCCUAAAGCUGCGCUUCAUGGUCUCAUUGAGUACCUUAACAAGAAAAAGGAUAAAGCUGGGGAAGAUGAAGUGAUCCAAGAAGAAGAAGAAGAAGAAGAAAAAGCCAAGGAUGAAAACGACAAGAAUGAUGGAAAACAAAGCAUCAAACUUGAUGAAAGUGAAACUGGCUGCAUAUAUUUUUCUUAGGUAAUAUUAUGUAUUUUUCAAGCGGGUGGGUCUAAGCUAAGUGUCUUUAUCUGC